GACAGCUCAUUUACAUAUUUCUCCUGCGCAGCGCCCUCGCUUGACCCUUAAGGUAAAGCUCUCACUUAGCCAAUUGUCUUGAGUGAGUCAUUCCACCACUAGCACUGGUACUGUAAACACCACACAGUGUCCUGCCACUUCUACACAUGUUCUUAGUUAAUGCCUCAAGAUUUUGUGGAUGACUCGACUGGGGUAAGAAUUCAUUUAUAUUGUUUUAAUAGUUGUUCUUAUUGCUGAAGUUCCUAAGUUUCUUUUUAUUGAGACUUUGUGAACACUUUUUGAUUAAUUCUGAAGUUAGCUGGAGUAUUCUUAAACUUUACUCUGAUUACUGAAUUUAAAGUGGAUUCAUUCUUUGAUGGUCCUUAGGAAGCCCAGAUGCACUGUGUUGUUGUAUUUAUUAUUGCAUAUUUGGGAAAGAUCAUCCUUUUGAUGACUUUCUGUGUUUAGAAAUAUAAUCUAUUUCCAUGGAUUUGAAGGAUUUAGAUUUCCCUAACUUUGAUUACAUGUACAUGUAUAUCCACUUUAUUUCUUGUUCACAUUUAGUUAACUUCUUGAGUACACAAAGUUCAAGAAUAGAUUUCCUUAUUUUACAAUAUAUUCCUCAUCAUCUAUUUUCCACUUUUUUAUGAACAUAUUCUUAGAUUUAUACUUUUAGUGUAUAAAUUCAUAGUUCCUUUGUCCUGUGUAGAUGUCCAUAGUGCAGUGUAGUAUAGCCACUGUUUAGACCCUUAAUCCCCUAAGUUGCUGCAUAUAUAAUGAGGUGCACACAGUUUCUUGGAAGACACCAUACCUUAGUACAGGGAGGCAGGAAGUCUGCCAAGUAUGUUUAUUACCCUGCAGAGAUUUCUUUUGUCCAGUGUUUAUUGGAGCGUGUGACCUAAGAUACCAGUAGUGUCUUAUUAGACUGGCACACUAGUCCUUACGUUUAUGUGAUGCAGCAUAUAUUACUCAUAUUUUUCUUUUUACACUUAAUUAAGCAUGCCAUCUGCAUAUUUGUUUAGCAUUUAUUUAGUUAUGUUAUUUCUCCAUAGUCCUUUUUUGUGAUACUAAUUCACUUUUCCUAAGUUAGUUUCUUUAUGGAUCCUUAGGUUAUAAUGAUGAGUGGACUGAUUUAAGUCUAUGGUUUGCUGAGUCCAUAGUCAUAUAUAUUUAGAGGACAUUGCACAUUUGCUUUAGUUAUUUCCUAUUUUGUCUUUGCAAGUUAAAGCAUUCACAUGCCUUGUAUUAAUUCAUUUUGGAAUUUAACUUGACUUUUCAGUUAGAAGCAAAUUGUGUUAUUGAAAUAGAUUUAUCUCUAUUGAUUGCAUUAUAAUCCUUGCUGAUUAUUAUUUGUUCUUUUUAUAAUUUACUUUGCUGGAUUGGUAUUUCCUAAAGCAUUGUAUUUAUAUGGAAUUUCUAUUUUGUAUCUUUUCAGGGUUUUGUUUUGUUUGUGUAAGAUGCAGUUCACCAUUAAAUGAACCAGACACAGUAAAUGUACACCAUCCUUGUCGUGUCACAUUUUCCAGUGUCACAUUUGGCGUCGUAGACAGGAUGGUGUACUAAUACUGCAUCUACCCCCAGUCGAGGAUGAAGUGAAACUAACGGCAGACAACUGACCCCGAGACGAGCUGCUACAGUUAUCAAGAAUGGAGGGAAUGGAGCAACUGCGGGCCGAGCUUGAGGCGAUGAAGGUAGCUCUUCAGGCGGAGAAGGAGGAGCGUGAGAAAGCCACAGCAGGCGUCAGCUCCACUACCCCACCAGCGAAGCAAAUAUACGUAGCGGCAGGGAGACGGCUGGACCGCUUCAGGGGAAAGCCGGAGAAACCGAGUGAUCCAUCUGUCCAAGAGUGGGUCAGUGACGUCAAGGGUCAGUUGACUGCACGACAGAUCGGAGGGGAGGACGGUGCUGCGUUUAUCAUCGACCAUCUUGCCAGCAGAGCUAGGCAAGAAAUCCUUGGCAGAGGUGACACCGUAAAGAGUCCAGAGGAAAUCUACCGUGUACUGCUGAAAGUCUUUGGUGAUGGUGAGACGCUUCCCCAGAUCCAGCAAAAGUUUUUCUCCUUCCGACAAGGCCAAGGAGAAGAUCUACUGAGUUUCUCCCUCGAGCUCAUGGAAUUGUUUAAUUCCAUGGCUCGCCUGGAUGUCUCCUUCAAUGCUACAAGAGAUAAAACGCUGAAGGGAAGACUAGCCGAGGCAGUUUAUGAUGAGGGUCUACGGAGAGAACUGCGGCGCAUGAACAUCGAUUCGCCAGAGCUGAGUUUCUUCGAUGCCAGAGACCGUGCCAUCGAGUGGCUUGGCACCAGCCGUGUCAAAGCCCAGAAGGCAGUAGCAGUACAGGAGGUCAAGGCUGAAGACGGGGCACAUGGCAUGAAGGCACUUCUUGAGAGGCAGGGUGAACAACUGCAGCGGCAACAGCAGCAGAUUGAAGCACUCUUACAGGCCAUGCAACGACCUGCUCGCCGUUGGAGUCAGGGUCCUAGACGUUGCUACAAUUGCCAGUCCACAGGUCAUCUAAAGCGAGACUGCCAUGGCCCGUCAUCCCCGUCGUCAGGAGGAACGAGUCAGGGUACCAGGGAUCCCCAGCAGUUUGUCCCCCAGCAGUCUAUGGCACAGCACUUUGUCCCCCAGCAGUCCGCGGCCCAACAGUUCGUUCCUCAGCAGUCCCCAGUACAGCAGUUUGUCCCCCAGCAGUCCCCAGCACAGCAGUUUGUCCCCCAGAAGCCUGGCCCUCAGUUAAACUAG